CAGGGUCUCAUUCUGUUACCCAGGCUAGAGUGCAGAGGUGCAAUCAUAGCUCACUACAGCCUCAACUCCUGGGCUCAAGCGAUCUACCCACCUCAACAUCCUGAGUAACUGGACUAUAGGCGUGUGCUGCAUGCCUGAUUAAAUUUUUUUUUUAAAUUUUUUGCAGGUACAGGGUCUUGCUAUGUUGCCCAGGCUGGUCUCAAACUCCUGGCCUCAAAAGUGAUCCUCCUGCCUUGGCCUCCCAAAGUGUUGGGAUUUCAGGAAUGAGUCACCACUGUCUGGCCCAUUUUCAUUUUCUAUAAAGCAAGGCUAUCUACCAAAACUUAGGUCUGUUUUUUUCAGUAUACUGGGGAGUCUCUCUAAAGAUAAAUUAACAUACCCUGUACAUCUAUCUAUAUGAUAAAAGACGCUUUUAGUCAGGUAUUAUGUUUGUUAGAUGUAGUUUGGCUGGUAUGGGUCACAUUCCAGCAUGACGUGAAGUAAGGAGCUACGCAUGGGGUAUUUCGAAAAGUGGGUAAAACAAAAGUCACGCUGGGAAUAACGAGAGGUGAAGUUUCAAGGUCAGGUCAAAUUUAAAUAUGAAGGCCCAGAAGCCCGGGAGACCUAAUCAAUUUUAAAGUAGUGGUUGGCUACCAAACCAUUUAUACUCCUAACACUAUUAUUAGUAAAAUCUCUCAUUCUAGUAGGGACUGGGUGUAUUUGUGUGUUUUAAAAAACACCCUGCUGCAGCCUAUUAAGUCGACUGAGUUCCUUUCCUCAUGGGGGCCCAGUGUGCAAUGGCUGCAAACAGCAGCUUCCUUGGUAGUGUAUGCAGCCUGUGUGUUGUAUGGGUUGCUCUAAGGGACCUUGGAGACAGUCCUUUCAGAUGGAUGUUCAUGUUUCUGACCUUGCACUACCCCAGUGUAGGUUCCAAACAGGCAUGCAAGGUGCUUUUGGGAAGCCCCAGGGCACUGUGGCCAGGGUUCACACUGGCCAAGUUAUCAUGUCCAUUCGCACCAAGCUGCAGAACAAGGAGCAUGUGAUUGAGGCCCUGCGCAGGGCCAAGUUCAAGUUUUCUGGCCGCCAGAAGAUCCACAUCUCAAAGAAGUGGGGCUUCACCAAGUUCAAUGCCAAUGAGUUUGAAGACAUGGUGACUGAGAAGCGGCUCAUCCCAGAUGGCUGGUGGGUCAAGUACAUUUCCAAUCGUGGCCCUGUGGACAAGUGGCGGGCCCUGCACUCAUGAGGGCUUCCACUGUGCUGCCCCCUCUUAAUACUCACCAAUAAAUUCUACUUCCUGUCCACCCAAAACAAACAAACAAACAACAACAAAAAACACCCUGGAAAAUUCUGAUACUACCUUCCCUCUUCCUUAAGACCUUUACCCGAGACCAGAAAUAUUAGGGGCUGUCUACUAGGACCAUUUUAUUCAUCUUUUUGCCUAUAAAAUAAAUUUCCCCAAUUUAAUACAGAAAAGGGUGUCUGCUAUUCCUCAGAUCUCCAGAAAUCAGAUUAUUAAUACUUUAAAUAAGCUACUCAAAUGCCUUAACUUCCACAAGUCACAGAUUAAAAAUGAGACACUACCUCCAAAGGGAUGACUGAGACUGGGGGGAAAAAGGUUAUCCAAGAUGGUUCUCUAUGUCCAAAAUUUAAAGAUACCAUCAAAAACGCCCUAUAAUAUUUGCUGAACAGGUUGCAAAGUAACUACAACCACCACAGAAAUAUCCCUAUUAGUUAGGGAAAAUAACUACUUUCAUAUAUUUCAAGCAAAUACUAUACUACAUGCAGUUUAUAAGCUGUUGGGUUAGAGGUAUAAGAAAUUGGAAGUGAGGAACUUUAGUAUUAGUAGAUAAAUCAAGGUAAGAACUCCAGAACAAAGCAUACCCAUUUUCAUGAAUGGAAGAAUGCCAUAAAUAUCUUCUCAAUAUAAAUGCUUAAGUGGGGUGGUGCUUUUGCAAACCACCACCCUCCACAAGGAUGGGUGAAGCUUUUUUAAAACAUGAUUUUACAGUCUGUUUCAACACAAGGCCGAAUAUAGAAAUAAACAGAAUUAGUGUCUUCCAUGAGAGGAGAAACAAAUGGCUCAGAAAAAUAUUUUAUUUCAUUUUGCUGUUAACCUCAUAACCAGGAUCAGAUGACAAGCUUAAUAUGACCACUCCUGAAUACACCUGAAACUUUUUUUUUUUUUUUUUUGACGGAGUCUCGCUCUAUCGCCAGACUGGAGUGCAGCGGCACGAUCUUGGCUCACUGCAACAUCUGCCUCCUGGAUUCAAGCAAUUCUCCUGCCUCAGCCUCCCGAGUAGCUAGGACUACAGGUGUGCGCCACCACGCUCGGCUAAUUUUUGUAUUUUUAGUAGAGACGGGGGGGUUUCACCAUGUUGGCCAGGAUGGUAUCGAUCUCUUGACCUCAUGAUCCACCCGCCUCGGCCUCCCAAAGUGUUGGGAUUACAGGCAUGAGCCCCACGCCCAGCCUCAUCUGAAACUUUAAAAAAGAAUGCCUUGAUUUUAGAUUGUGGGUUCAUAAUCUGCAUGAUUAUAUUAUACAUUCAAAAUGAAACUUAAGGACCAGAAUAUUCCUAAUGGAAAAUUCCCCAGUAAACCUGCCAGAAGUUCAGAGGAGAAAAAUUAACCAAGUAACAAAACAUAGUGGGAGCAUAGGUACUUCCUAUAAUUUUCUCUAAUGAUAAUUUUAGUAUCUCAACCUAAGCAUUUAUACUACCUGCUUACGCACCCACUGGCUUAUGCAGCUAAUUAUGUUAUAAAGUUGUUUUUGACUAAUUUAACAGUUCUUCCUUUUAUAAUCUACCCUCUUCAGUUUAUUCAAAGAUCCAUUUAGUAUUCCAUAAAAUAAAGACCACUCAGAAAAAUGAAAGGCACACCACACUUCACUGAAAGACAUAAAUGAUGCUUACAUUGGGCUUUCACGUAUGAAUAAACACUUAAUUACUUACUUGCAUAAUUACUAGGCCAGCAAGCACUUAAAGUAGCUCCAAAAAAUGCCUAUCAUGGCAAUUCUACAAGUGAUAAGACGGUAUCCAAAAAACAUCACAUGCAUUAUGUGUGCAUCGUUGAACAUUAGUAUAUACACCAAACAAAUGGAUAAAGGCAAUGAGACCCAAAGUCUGGGUGGUUAACUAGGCUAGUAGAAUAACCAGAGCAUCUGAAGAAAACAUGGAAAGCGGGCAGUCACUUCCUGUAACCAAUUCUGAGUUUCUAAGUAGCCUCUUCAGAUACUUACUUCAAUCCCUGUCACUACCAAAUGGUUCCAUCGAGGAGCUUUUGUUGUUGUUGUUGUUUGAGACGGAGUCUCACUCUGUCGCCUAGCCUGGAGUGCAGCGGCAUGAUCUCAGCUCACUGCAAGUUCUGCCUGCCAGGUUCCAGCGAUUCUCCUGCUCAGACUCCCGAGUAGCUGGGACUACAGGCACACACCACCAUGCCUGGCUAAUUUUCAUAUUUUUAGUAAAGAUGGGGUUUCACCAUGUUGGCCAGACUGGUCUCGAACUUCUGGCCUCAAGUGAUCCGCCCACCCUGGCCUCCCAAAGUGCUCUGCCUGCCUUGGCCUCCCAAAGUGCUGGGAUUACAGACGUGAGCCACCGUGUCUGGUCUGAGGAUUUUUAAAUGAGGAUUACAUUAGUCCUAUUUAUAAUAUUCCUAUUCUAAUCUAUUGUAUUCUUACAAUUAAAUGUAUCAAAUAAUUCUUAAAAACAUUAUUAGGAAACAAACUGCCUAAUACCUUAUAAGACUAAAAAAAUCACCAAGAUGAAACUGUAGUUAUGAGCUCUCAAUAUUUAAACAUUUAAAAAAAGUUAGUGUUUGUUAGGCACCAAUCUUAACUAUUUCCAAAGAUUUAACUGGACUCUGCAAUUAUGGAAUUAGGUGAUUCUCCCAUACCCUAAAGACUCAUCACCCUCAGCAAUGCAUUCCAUCCUGAGUCAGGGUCAAACAAUUCCUUGGCAAAGAGGGUUUCUAAAGCUAAUUGCUUCAAAGUAACAUUUUCAGACCCUGGUAUCUUCUCCAAACAGUAAUGAAUAAAGCCUUUUUAACUCAUUUGAAACCAAUUUCUUCUCUCUCUCUCUCUCUUUUUUUUUUUCCUGAGAUAGAGUCUCACUCUGUCGCCCAGGCUAGAAUGCCAUGGCGCGAUCUCAGCUCACUGCAACCUCCGCCUCCUGGGUUCAAGCGAUUCUCCCGCCUCAGCCUCCUGAGUAGCUGGGACUACUGGGUGCGCCACCACGCCCAAAUAAGUUUUUGUAUUUUUAGUAGAGACGGGUUUCACCGUGUUAGCCAGGAUGGUCUCGAUCUCCUGACCUCGUGAUCCACCCACCUUGGCCUCCCAAAGUGCUGGGAUUACAGGCGUGAGCCACUACACCCAGCCUGAAACCGACUUCUUAUAGAAAUUCUGAAAUCCUAAAAUCUCUGAAAACUCAAAGUUCUAUAACUAUGUUGGUGGCAAAGCUUAAUCCUAAUAUAUAAUGGCAAAACUUCAUCUGGGCACUGAUGGGAGACUAUUUUUAUCUUUUAUUUCUCUCACUUAAUGUGACUAUCCAUGUUCCACAUUAAUAUUUUGUUUGAUUACUCUUACCAAAAUCUAAAACAAAUCUUUCCUCAAAAUUCUGAAAUCCAAAAAUACCUGGCACCAAAGGUUAUAUAUAGAUAAGGGAUUAUGGCCCUAUAAUCAAUUUUACAAACAUCUACCAGGGCAAAACACUCUUGAAUUUACUUCAAUUUCUGUAGUGCUGCUCACUGUAAUUCACUGUUAAUCUAAAACUCCUUUAAUAUGCAGAUUCUACCUUAUUUUUACUGUCUUUUCUAACUACUAGAUCCUAAGGGUUUCACUUCUUCCUUUGACUCUAAUAAGCACUCAUUUAUAUCACUCAUUUGGAUAUUCUGAACUGCUAACAAUUUUAUAUUGGUUAACUUUUCAUGUCUUUGCUAAAAACCUUUUGUGCAAAAUUACUCAAUUUAAUCCUAACAUAUAGUAACUAAGAACAAUUAGCUUUCAAUAACAUGCAAUCAGAUCAAAUAGUCCUCAAGAGACAGAUGACCUAAAUAAAAAAUGAGGAAUUAUAGUUGGACAUAGAUAUAAAACUUUAAAAAUUAAAGUUUAAGGCUGGGUGUGGUGGCUCACGCCUGUAAAUUCCAGCACUUUGGGAGUCUGAGGCAGGAAGAUCCUUGAGCCCAGUAGUUCCAGACUAGCCUGGGCAAGAUUACGAGACCAGGCCGCUACCAAAAGAGUGAAGAAAAAAAACAGUUUAAGGAGUAGCUUAUUAUGGGAAUUGAUAUGGACAAACCGUUACACACUUUAUAUAUUUUUCUAACUAAAAUAAUUCUCUUGAGCACUAGGCAGUUAUUGGGCUAACCAUAUGAGAUAGUGGUGGAAAAGUAACAUGAUCUUCCUGUCCUGAAACAGUUUAGAGGGGAUGAGAGGCAAACAAAUGGAUAAAUAUAAUUAUUGAUUAUGAUUAAGAACUACAGAGGUAAAGAGGAAUGCUCCUUUAUAUAAGGUGAUCAGGAAAAAACUCUGUAAUGUGACAUCUGAACUGAGAUCCACUGUUGAGACUGAGGCAGAAUUGCAGAGGGCUGGCAAAAGAUUGUCACAGAAAGAAGUAUAGCUGGCUAGAGCUUAAUGAGUAAUGGGGAUAAAGUUGUGAAGUAAGCAAGAACUGGAUUAUGCAGUACCUUCUAGGCCUUGAUAAGGAACUGGUUCUUAAGGGUAAAUUGGGACCGGAGGGUAUUACAUGAUCUGAUUUACAUUUUUAAAAAGGUCACUUUGUAUUCUGGGUAGAAAAUAAUGUGGGGAAGGACAAAAAUGAAAACAAGUUAGGAAGCUCCUGUGAGUCCAGACAAGAGAUGACUGUGGCUUAAACAAGGGUGGUAUCACAGAAACACAGGAUUUGAAAGCCCGAAAAGACCUUAACAGCCAUUUAGUCCAACUUUCUCUACAUAAAGAUAAGGUCCUAAGAGAGGAGUUAACUUGUUCAAAGUUUCAUGACCAGUGCCAGAGACUAAACUGAAGCCUGUCACCUAGGUCAAUGUUACCACCACUAAACCAUGCUUUUUAAGACAACAGAGUACAAUACAAGGUCUAACUACUUAAAAGAAAUACCUGAGUUCUCAGAUUUGAUUUCACACCCAAUGGAAUGAGCUAAAAAAACAUAUGAGGACAAUGAAAUAAAAGUCUAAUUUGAGCACCUGAAGGUCCAGAGAAAAGUACACAAGGGACUGCUGGGGAGCAGAACUAGUCAAAGGCUCUCCAGUCAAACUGCUUAGUGAUGAAAUUUUAAGACUAUAAUCUCUAACUCAAAUAUAAUGCCAGUUUAUCCUCUACAUAAGGACCUUCUGAUGGGUAAGAUGUAUCAACCACUAAAGCAUCACAAGUGUUUUUCAAUGUUGAGUUUAUCAUUCCUGUUGACCAGAACUGUGAAGUGAAUUGCUUUUAACAGUAGUCCUGCACUUAACAAGAACCUCUUAAUCACCAUCCUCACUCUCUUUUCUGCUCUACUUCCUGCCCUUUCACCUCUUCAUUGCCUAUUAUCACCAUCAUUAACCAUCAUCACUUUCAUCUAAACAGAGAAAUGUUAUAAAUGCUUUUUCUGUCCUUAAAAGCUUGCAAACCUAGUCCUAAUUCUUUUUUGCUGAAGGAUGAUUAAGUUGAGAGCUCCUGGAAGAAAAAAACACAAGUAUAAACAAGCUAAAAUAGAAGGAUUUAAUGCAAUAUUUUCAACUAGCAACUAAAACUCUAUAAAUAAUAGUCAGUGACAACCUUGUGACUAAUUUGGAUGUCCUGGACAUAAAAUACGAUCUCAGUAUGUUCCCUAAUUCAGAACUGCUAGAACAGCAGACCAGUUAAUUAUUUAAUAUAGGGAGCACUAAAGCUUCCUGUUAAAUUCCCUUGCUCUCCAUGGGAUUAGCACAUGCAGGCAGGAGUUCUAUAAUGCUUAAUCCCUGAAGCUACCCUGAAGUUAGCAUUUUCACAUGUAUUCCUUCCCUAAACCUUUUUCUUCCUCUGGUGUCAACUUUGUUCUUUGCAACACUGGUGUUCAGACUGAAUUAUCUUCUCUCCAUUUUAAUCUCUCUAGGGAAAUAACUGGCACUAAAUUUCCAAGAAACUGUGCACAAUACAAACUGUAACUUAACUAUCUUUCUUAACCCUUUCCUAAUCUGAAACUGAUUACUCGAUCCAAACACAGUCUAAAAAUCCUUUAUAAUGUGGAACCAGACUGGUGUGGUGGCUCACUCCUGUAAUCCCAGCACUUUGGAGGAAUGAGGUGGAAGAACCGAUUAGGCCAAGGAGUUUGACACCAGCCUGGGCAACAUGGCAAAACCCUGUCUCUACAAAAGUUAGUUGGGUGUGGUGGCAUGCGCCUGUAGUCCCAGCUACUCGGGACACUGAGAUGGAUCAACUGAGCCCGGGAGGUCGAGACUUCAGUGAGUCGUGGUUGUGACACUGCACUCAAGCCUAGCUGACAGUGAGACCUUGUCUCAAAAAAAAAAAAAGGAAAAUAAAAUUUGGACUUAUCCCAUGAGUUUAUAAAAACAGUUUAACAAGGAUUGCUACAAAUGUUUUUAAAUUAACAUAAAAAAGAAGGCCACAGAGUGGCUCUACCCAGUACUUUGGGAGGCCGAGGUGGGUGGAUCACCUGAGGUCAGGAGUUCGGGACCAGCCUGGCCAAUAUGGUGAAACCCUGUCUCUACUAAAACUACAAAAAUUAGCCAGGCAUGGUGGUGGUGCCUGCAAUCCCAGCUACUUGGGAGGCUGAGGCAAGAGAAUCGCUUGAACCUGGGAGGAGGAGGUUACAAUGAGCUGAGAUUGCACCACUGCAUUCCACAAUCCAGCCUGGGUGACCAUAGAGAGACUC